CAUUAUUCACUGUCACACGUGUAACGUAAUUUGUCGGAAACAUUUAAAUAAACACCAAACUGUCUACACUGUCUAUGAUUUACGGUAAUUACAGAGUCAGUGCGCUGUGUUUGUCAUUCACUGUGGCACUACUGCAAUAUGCCGAAUUGUAUAGCUACCGAGUUCGUGUUAACAAAGUUUGAAAUUUGCUAAUGGCAACGAUGGUGGUGGCCAGACCGAAGCUCAUACUUCUUUUCAGCGGCAAGCGUAAAUCCGGCAAAGAUUACGUUACAGACUUCAUUCACCAGAGACUUGGCAAUGAAAUAUGUUGCAUCCUGCGACUGUCUGCGCCACUCAAAGAACAGUAUGCACGGGAACGGGGACUGGACUUCGAAGAACUGCUGGGGUCAGGGCAGUACAAGGAGCAGUACCGUGCUGACAUGAUCGCAUGGGGCGAGAGGCGGAGAGAACAGGACCCAGGGUUUUUCUGUCGCCUUGCGCAGAUGGGCGUCACACAACCUGUGUGGAUUGUGAGUGACGCCAGACGCCUGUCGGACCUACAGUGGUUCAGGACGGAGUAUCCAGGUCAGACGCGCUGUAUUCGGGUAGAAGCUUCGGAAAACACUAGGCGCCAGAGGGGCUGGGAAUUCACGCCUGGAAUUGAUGAUGCAGAAUCAGAAUGUGGGCUGGACCAUGGAGUAAAUUAUGAUUGGAUCAUCCAUAAUGAUGAAGAUGCUGUGCCACUGGAGGAACAACUACAAGUGCUCCUCUCAUUGGCAGAGCAGAAAGCAGGAUCAGAAGCCAGCUGAGAACAGCUAACCUAUGCAAUGAACUGAAAAGCAUUUUAAACUACAGAAAUUAGAAGCAGUUGACCAUAUUUUUGUGCACAAUACUGUUAAUUUUCCCAUGCAAAAUACCAGUGCGUAACCAGGUAUAACCAGGCUGCAUUGGAUGAAUGUUGCCAUGGUGGUAAGCAUUUAUACAGAAGAGAACUUUCACCAUGUCUUCUUAAAAUGCUUGUAUCACAAUUUAAGUUUGAAGAUAUUUCAGGUAAUGCAGCAAAAACAUAAUGGUAAAAGGAAACAGUAUUGCAAUACUGAAAUGUAACUGGUAUACGUUAGUGACAUGCUCAAUGCUAUACCAAGCUGAAAUAACUGAAACCGGUAGUCUCACCAUUAGUUACAGCACAUUGGUAUUGUUCGCUGAACUUAUCGACCCAGAGUGGUACUGGCCUUGUACAGAGCACCAAGUAUACAAUUGUGCUUUUCCCACACCAUUUCUCUGUUGCAUGUAGCUUUGCUGUCAACGGAAGGUCCAUAGGGGGACAAUACUGCAAGACAUUUUUGAUAAACCAUGCCUUUAGGGUCCACAGAGUAUGGUUGUCACAAUUAUGCAUUUUCCAACGGAACCUUGUAAUGCAAUUAAAGCAUUAAAAGUCUCAAUGCGUAUCUCCAUUUACAAAUAAAUGAAAACACAGCAGAGGGGGGAAAAAAAUAGUGGUUGCAAAAAGACAACAUGAGCUCAGUUUGGAAGUCAAUAAGAAUCUUGGUCCUUUAUUUAAAAAUCAUUUGUCCAUUUUUUUAAUAUAAUCAUGAUUACUACAAUGAAACAUUGACUGUAACAAAAAAAGUUUACAUCUUUAGCUCUGGUGAGAUUCCAGUUUAAAAAUGUUUGUCAACUUUAAGGUUUCAUUUCACUCUUAGAACAGUUACACUGACAGGUGUACACAAUACCCUUUUACUGUACUUGCACUUCUUUCAGUUGGCCUCUCUAAUUUGGCAGUUUUUUUAUUUUUUUUAUUUUACAUUUUUUAGAAUUUUCUUUAAUCUUUGAAAUUUCAUACAGCCCUCCCCCUCCUUUUCCCUGCUCUCAUCCUAAAAUAUCAGCUGGUAGAAGGAGGAAAAAGGCUAAGAAUGUCCCUAUUUAAUCCCUAAAAUGUUUUGAUAAAUUGAUCACUGGGCUACGCUUCGUCUCGACACCCCCCUCCUCCAUUUUCCCUUAUGAAAUUUGUAGGCGGCGGAGGGCAGGUGAAAAUAAAACCGUUCCAUGUUAGUACAGUAUUUUGAGAUAUUGGCCCUUUUUGGAACAUGGAUCAAAA